UGUGGCUCCGCGGUAACUCCAUAAAAGAGCUCGUGCAGCCAGCAGAAAGCAGAGGAGCGACACGGAGAAGCGGCAUGAACACCAGACUCUGCGGCGCAGCGAGGACUCCGUCGUGAAAGACAGAAAGAAAAAAUAUUGAUCCUUCAAUCUGCUGCAAGGACCAACAGAAGACUGAAAUGCAUUCCUAUCCACUGAUGACUGAGCAAUGCCAGCGGGGUGGAGGACACUCACAAGCUGUCUCUCAUCCUACCAAUGACACGUGGAGAAAUCAGCAAUCUGGAAAUGUGAAUAACUCCUGUCGGUACAACACUGUGAACUCAGGUUUCCAACAACCUCAAGGGACAAUGUGCAAUGGAGGAUACUAUGGCACACAGAUGUCUGGCUGGCAGGGCCGGGCCGUCUCCAAUCAGGCAGCUUCACUUCAGCAAACAACUGAAGUGGUGAACUAUAAUAAUCAAGUACUGAUGACUAGUUGCCAACAACUAUCAGCUACCAUCCAAAGGGAAACAAAUGGCGUGCCGAUAUCUCACGGAGUUCAUGCACCGCCGAAUUAUGGAAAUUCAAACCAAGUCUUCAUGGGCUCUGUGUCAGCCUACACAACAAACACGACCUCUGUCUCAUUUAACCAGAUGGCUCAUUGCAACACGUUACGGCCUGCCACCGUACAUCACAUGCAAACUUCUCCAAACAAUGCUCAACACACGUCCAACCCCACUGUUUUUCCGUCAAAUUUUAACUUGACAACUUCUCAUUGUAGUAUUAACAACAGCAAUGCAAUCUAUUCAUCAAAUGGACAUAAUCUGUCCUCAUCUGAUGCUUAUCAGAAAGCUCAACAAUACCCCGCCGAAUUCAGCUCAGUGCGUAUCUGUGGGGGAGCUGUGAGCAACACUAGUCAUUCAGCGCCACAUGUCACACAGAGAUUCAAUAGUUCCCUCCAGAAAAAUACUGCAUGGAGCUCAAAUCAUGCAAGUGAAAGACUACAAGAGCCCAGCAGCAGCUUCACUGCAAACCGAUCAGGCAUUCCAGCUGGUCCUCCUCCAGCAUACAAUGUUUCAGAUCACAGUAGGCUGCAAUUUCUCAAGUCUCGGUCUAAUCCUAUAAAAGAACCGGUGACUAAACCUCACUCAAAUCACCACUCCAGACGAUCUUUACAUUUUUCAAAAUUAAAAACGAGACAGACUGUAAAAACGGCAGCUGAGCCAAGUUCUUUGCAGAAGACUUUCCAUUUCAGCAAAACGGGUGCUCAAGAAGUUGGAGCAGGAGGUGUUUCCCUAUCAGACACAAUCUCAAGAGAGAACUCGGUCACGUCCUUCAAUGACUCAUCCCAGGCGGCCACCACACUUUUUUCAUCCCAAAAUAACAAAAGCCAAUCUCCUGAGAACAUCUCAGAAACAUGUACAACGGCUGAGAUGCCGUCACCGGUCAAACCAAGUGACUCCUCCUCUCACUCUGCUGCUAUGGGUGCGAAAGUCAUUGCUGUUGUGCAACCACUACCCUGUGGAGGUUUUCAAGCUGUCGGUGAGCAGAUGUCUCCCAACACGAAGAACAAAUCCAAGUCAUCACGUGUGAGAAAACUUGUCGAGUGGCUGAAAAAAGAGUUGACAGACUUGAGCUCGAAAUCCAGCAAGUCCACAACUACCACUGAAGGAGGAUCUAAAGAUGAUGCAGAUUCAGAACCUCAAAAUUCCGCUCAACAGUCUCAGCUAGAUAACAAAAAACAAGAUGCUCAAAAAUCUGUGCCUUCUCCAACACUUACAAACACAAAUAGUCCAAAAGAGCAAGAAGAGCAGGAAGAGGAGAAGGAAAAAUCAUGCCCAGCAUCCCCAAACUGUUUCAUUCUUGGAGAGGAUGACGUCUACACAGAACAGCCCUACACAUCAUCAUGGUUAAAUGUCAAUGAGCAGCUUGAUGACAUCGAUAAAGAAUUUGGCUUCCCGUGGUCUUUGAAGUGCAAGUACUACAAGCAUGAGAGUGAUGAAGAGAUAAAUGACGUGGUAACCGCAAAAGGUUCUAUUGCAGCUGGAAGUGAGAUGCCAAACCAAGUCUUUUCAGAAACGCAGCUCAGUUCUGCUCAGAUGGCUGAAGACGGGGAAGCCUCCACCCUUCAAGAUCACUCAAGUCAAAAUUCAGAAAAUGAAAGUGCCUCUGAGCCGUGUUACUCAUUCCGAUUGGAUCUUUUGCCUCCAGAGGUGGCAAAAGAAAUUUUUGAGAAUGCUCAAACGGAAAGCUUGGUGAUGCCCAAUGUGGACAAAUGUAAAGAUACCAACUCGACUGACUCCAGUAAUUCAAAGCUGAAGGACGACAUGGUCGACCAAGUCUACUGCAUAGCAGAAACAAUGGAAAUCCCUUCAAGAUCAUUUGUGAGUAAACCGAAGCACAAGGAGCUUCACACUUUCAUGGAGAAAGUCAAUGCAGCAAAUGGGAAGAACAAAACUCCAGAUCACAUCAUCGACUUAACGGCCAGUGACCAGCCAACCACAAUUGUCAUAAGUGAUGAGGAUGAUGAUGUUUGCUUUGUUGAAAAUGAAACUCUAACCAAUAGUGAAAAUGUCUUGAAGAUAACGGACAUUUGGGGAGGUUAUGAACCGGGUCAAGUGACAUCUGUCGAUGUAAAUCAGCCAUGUUUGGAAAACGAGGCAGAUAUGAGUGCAGCAGUUCCUGUCCAGGCACAAGUAAGUGACUCAGACAAACUUGAAGACCCGACCAGCGCUGAGUCCUUGGGGUCAAAAGAAUGCAGACAGUCUGAUGUGGAUUCACCAUAUGCCCUUGAGAAUGUUUCAAAACCUGAUGAGACUUUUGUUGACGAUACUGGUGCUUGGCUUUCAUCCCCAACUAACCAGACUGUACAGCUUGCACUGUAUGGCUCUGCACAGAAAAAGAAGUCUGUUUCUUUUGUUGACCAACAGCACAGUAUUUCGGUGGACUUUGCCAAUGAAAGUCGGAAACCUCCAGCAUUCCUCUCUGUGUCCCUCAGUCCCUCGAAGAGAAAACGCAGUGAGGAAAUCUAUGAAGACAAAAAUUCAGCCAAACAUUGUAGGGAAGGCUUUCAACCAAGCAAUAUUCAAAGGCAAAAAUUCUUAUCUGCGCAGAACCUGAAGAACAAUCCACGCAAGAGGAUGAGUUUACGUAAGAAACGCAAAUACCAGAAGAAAAACGCCAAGAAGUAUGCUGUCACCGUAAAAGAGUCGGAUGAUCAUCGCACAAGUAAAACUAACAGUGAAAACCAGGAUCCCUCGGCUCUCCAGGAGAACAUUGUCUUGAAGUUUACAGUGCUCCCUGAAACCUUCAAAUUUAAAGAGGGGCCAGAGACAACGGAGGAAACCCCUGGUGCUGAUUCAGCUCAGUGUGGACACUUCGCAAAAAAACCUGAACCCGUUGAAGGAAAACGCCAGCGCUCCAAUGAAGCUGUCAACAAAUCAAAAGUGACCUGGAAUAUGAACCAUGCAGAGCGAACUCAGCUGCCUCCUUUUCCCAAGACAUCCGACGUCUUUCACGAGUAUCAGAAGAAACACAGAAAUAAUAAUCGACUGUUUACGUUUUACAAAAACGGUGUUCCCAUAUGAGUGAACUGGGCCUGUAUUACUUCUGUUGACAUAACUGUGGGCAGCUGUUAGCUCAGUGGUGCAGCGGCGGUCUGAAUGUGAAAGCUGCAGGUGCAGAAAGGCAAUACAAGUGAAAAUUACUUACUUACUUAAUUUAUCUACUGCAGGUAAAAUAAGCUAAUGUCCUCCCAAACACUCUUAAUGCAAAAGACUGCCUACAUAUUUUUAUAUAUUUUUUUAAGUGUUUUGUGCUCUGUACUUAUUUUUUGUCGUUUAUUUUUUUUUACUUUACAUACAUUUUGAUACGUUUUUGUUUUUGUACCCUUGAAUGUUGCCAUUUUUAUUGUUGUGCUGAUGUGAGUUCAAUGGGAGGGGGGAAAUCAGUAUGGGACGUAUUCUCAUUGUAAUUCCUGCAAUAAAAAGCUCUCGUGAAGAGCAGUUGGA